AUGGCUGCACACCCGGCGAAGGAUGAUUUUGCGAUGGGCUAUGAGCGCUUGGCAGAUGGGAAGCGAAUAAAGGACUUUAUCACAAGAACAGUGCGGGACGCAGGAGCCAUUCAUGGAGACGAGGAGCUCACCACAGAUCAGACUGUUGAAGGCGUUGGCCCAGAUGUCAUGCAUGAUGCGUCGGACGCACCGCUUCCGAAUAUUCUCUUCAAUGGACAGUUGCUCGAGGGCAGUUCAGACAGCGCAGAUGAAGAUGGCAUUCUGUCAGUAUUAGAUGACAGUGAUGUGAGCACAUCAGACUCCGAGUCAGAGGGGGGGGAGUGA